AUGAUUUCAAGAAAAUGGUACAACAGCACUGGAAAAGACAAAUCUUCAGAUAAUUUAAAGGAUCAAAAUAACAAAAAUGUCACUAAUCAAAAUCCAAGUAACAAGAAUACAAAUGUAAAGUUAGAAUUAAAAGCACUGAGUAAAAAAUGGUACUCAAAGCGUGGAAGACUGGCUGCAAAAAACUGGGGACGGUCAUCUGCUAAAGAAAAACAGCAGGUUGGAAAAUCCAACAUGACAGUCAUAAAACAAUCAACUACAACUGGAUCCAUAGAUGAAAACAUUGAAAACAUUUUUGAACAACUGUCAAGAACAACUUCAAGAAAAAGAAAUUCAGAGUUUACAGGAUUACUUGCUGUGGGCGAACUAAUAAAAAGUUCUUGUGUGACGUCCACCCAGGAGGCUGGGAAAGUGUAUACUACUGCACGAUGUGGACAAGGAUCUAAGAAAAUGACAUCGUAUUUGUUUGAUUAUUUUGGCCGAUACUUUAACAUUGUACAAUUUUACCUUUACGACAGGUCCUACAUAAUUGAAAAUAGAAAUCAGAAAUUUGAUGCUGUAAUUCGACAACUGCAAAACAUAACUGCUGAUCUUGAUACGUCUUGUAACAAAAAAAUCGAGGGGAAAGUUGGACCAAUUUUUGCAAGUGCUAUACAAAUGAUGGACACAAAAUGGGAUAAAGACCUCCUAAAAGGUAUUUUUUCACAUGCAACCAGUGUCAAAUUCGUUUCGAAGAUGCAGCAAUUUCAAAAUAAAACAGCUAUCAUGAAUUGCCGAGAUGAACUUAAACUAACAUCGCAACAUUUCAAGAACUUCAAAAACUUCAAAAAACGUCUCAGGUUGUCAGAAAUGACAUGACAAAUAGCCAGCAAAGUCGCCUGCAAAAACGCAUUGUGCAAAGGAGAAAGGAUAAUGAAAUGAAAUCCAGAUUCAAACGAAGAGGCAGAAUGAUGAAGUGCGAAGAGUGGCCACAACUUGCACAAACCCUGGAAUAUAUUUUUGGUGAAUUCGACCAAAAGGAGAAAUCUGGUGGCGGUUUAGAAGCACACGCGAGGCUAACAAACAAUAACAUGUAUAGAUGCAAGGACAAUAACACUUUUAUGAGACAAGCAUUAGAAACUGUGAACAGUAUUUCACCUCCGUCGUUCAACACAAGUUUAAGUUCAUGUUUCAAUUAUACUAUGACGUACAAAAGAAAUACUGCAUGUGCGAAGCGUCAUCACCAUGGCAAAGACGUUAAUGCAAAUAUUUCCUUGCAUAAUCCGCCAAAAACCCAAGUGAAGAAUCUUGUAGUCAAUUUGCAUUACAGUACAGCAAACGUCAACUAUAUUUGUGACGACAGUGACCUGAACAAAAAGAACGUAAUCGUUGACUCAAAAGACGCAAAAAAAAUUGUUUGUGCAGAAAUUUGUCCAGUGCAAAAGCCAGGAAAAACAUGGUCUGAAAUAGAGUACCCAGAUCAUGACUGGGGUCAGAGCAGAACCAAUGCUGUAACUCCCAUGACACACUUAUUCAUGAAUACCAUUAUUACCGAACGAGAAAGUAUAUCCUGCAUUACAAAAUCUGGACAUACACUUUGAGCAUACAAAUACUGUUCUUCACGUGACUCGGUCUGGAAAGGCCGUUACUUUAGUUACUCCGUCUCUAUUGGAGCCCGAUACAACAGUAAAACUAGUGAACGAAAUUUUUUUUCUUUUAACAAAACCUUCUUUGGAUUUUAUUUUUUGCAAUCCUACAACAGGAUUCCUUAAAAGUGUUUUUAUAUUUAUCGUUGACAAUGGCCCUGCAGAACAACCGUCGAGCACCCUUGUUCAGAUGCUCUUGAUAAGGCUUUUGAUAACAUUAAAUCUCGACAAAAUUACCCAAGUUUCAUUCGCUGAAUAUUACAGUAAAUGUAAUUUUGUGGAACGAUAUUCUGUCGAAGAUGAAGCUCUGUCUCGUCAUGGGCCAUUCACAGCUCAUAAAAUAUUUAAUGAAAAGUACAUCCAGCCAGGUUCAUCUAAACAUAUUAUGAAUAUGGGUGAAAUGGCAAAGGACGUUGCAACUUGUCUAGGCCAAGUUAGAUUUGGAGGAAGUAAUCUAGAGGCUUAUAGAGGAAUAAAACAAACAGAACAUGUAUUUAUAGACGAAGAGCGAUUAAAACAAUUUUUGUCAUUAUCAGAAGAACUAAAAAAACAAUGCGAAUGGGUAUACAGAAUUGAACAAGAUAGUGCUGUAUGGAAAGACGUGGAAGCAAUUUGGAAUUUAUCUCAAGAAAGGGAGUACAAGUACGUGGAUGAUUAUAAAUUAUUGACAAAUACACUAACCGCAAAAAGAACUACGUGGAUGGACAAAUAUCAGGUCACAUUUUAUCGAUCAAAUGAGCAGUGGAGGGGUGAUGUCCUUACUAGAAAAGCGCUACAACCGAUUCCAGAUUACAUCAGGUGGGUUUCUACUGGUGGAGAAUUACAUUAUAUGACAUUUGAAAAGAAUUUAGCGCUCAAGGGAGACUGGGAUAGCUGUUCUGGACUGUUCAGACCAGAGAGAUUAUUGGACAUCCUAAUUUCCAUAAAUUCAGAUCCUCCAGAUUACACUUUCCCUACAAUUGCGUCGUUCGUUUGGCUCACAGAGAAUGAUACCAGACAAUAUUUUAAAGAGCAGCAUGAGAAAUUUCGGUAUGAAUUACGCGAGGAUUUAGAAAGAGAAAAGUGGAAGGGACAUAAGCUAUUUUCGAAGAAUGUUGGAUGUCCUACAAGAAAUGUGCAUGAAAAAUGGUCUCUCGGGUAAAAGGGCAGAAGCAUCACUUGGUAGAGCGCAUUGCUACAGCUAGUAAUGAAGGACCACCUAUUGAUGAGCAUGAAAUGACUUACAAAAGAAACUUUCAAUCCAUUCCAUCGUCUAUUUCUAACUUAAGGAAGUUAUCAACAGCAAAAUUGAGAUUUAUUCUUAACUACCAUGGUUUGCCUACUCAGGGCACCAAAGAAGAGCUGUGCUUACGACUUUUCCUAUUGCGUCAAAACAGAUAUAAGCUGGCCUUUAAGGACCAAGAAGACGAGAUAAAAAGAAUGUUGCGGGUUGUACCUGGUAUAAUAUUGGAUCAAAGACGGAAUGCAUUGCUAAAUCCUGCUGAUGUAUACAGAAAAAGGACACACUAUACAUUCAAGAAGGAUAAAUCCUUCUUAGUCGUCCCAAAUCAUUUGACGCUGGAAAACAUUCACAAUCAAAUGUUAAAACCUAUCGAAGAGUACUUAAAGAUUCUCUAUAACUUGCGAAAGGAAAGAAAUACAGAGCUAAUUCAAACUGGACAAGGUAGUUUAGUUAAUUUUCUAAGCAGUAGCGGUAAUCAGAGUGAAGAUUUUAUGGUUGUUGAGAAAAGAAUUAAGAUAAAAUGGUCGAAGGAUGAAAUUGGUAACAGUGGGUGGAAAUAUGGGUGGUAUACGGCUAUGGUGCAAGGUUUUUCUAUUCAGCAUGAUUCUAUUGAUGUUGUUUAUUUUACUGAAAAAGACUGCGUAUACACUGUUUGUGUUUCAGACUUACUUUCUAAAGGAAAACUUAUGGCUGCAUAA